GCAAACGUCUGUAUUUUUGCAAGACGUCUGCUGCCAAAGUUACGUUUGUGCUGUCAAAUUUUUCAUUUGUCUGCCGUUCUGUCUCUUUCUACGGCAAUUGCCUCAAUUUUCACAUUGCAACAGCAACGCACCGGCUAGUGUGAUAGCAAGAUGAAUCCGGAAAAGCUGAAGAAAAUGCAGAGCGAGGUGCGCAUCGGCGGCAAGGGCAUGCCCCGUCGUAAGAAGAAGAUCGUCCACACGAGCUCGGCCGUCGACGACAAGAAGCUGCAGCUGUCGCUGAAGAAGCUCGGUGUCAAUACAAUCCCCGGUAUCGAGGAGGUGAACAUGAUCAAAAACGAUGGCUCCGUGAUCCACUUCAACAACCCAAAGACACAGGCUUCCCUGGGCACCAAUACGUUUGCCAUCACCGGCCACAGCGAAACGAAAAUGAUCACGGAAAUGCUGCCCAACAUCAUCUCCCAGCUUGGCCCGGAAGGUUUGAAUCAGCUGAAAAAGCUGGCCACGGCGGCCGCCGCCGAAGAGGACGACGAUGUGCCAGAGCUGACCGAGAACUUCGAGGAGGUGUCGAAGAAGGAAGCGGAAACGAAAGAAGCUGCUGCCGCCAGCUCUAAGGCGCCAGAGGUUCCCGCUUCUUCAUAAACACCUACCUACUCAUACACACACACACACAAACAGGCUCUGCUCUUAAGUAAUACAACCUCCCCUUGCUCUAGUAUAACCCGUUUCGUUUAUUUCCGAGGGUGCGCGCCACCGGACACACUAGACACGGCAAGCCGAAGGCACGCGCAGUAAACAAAGCACAUCGUGUUGUUCGCAUAGCAGCAAAAGCAAUUGCCUCCAUCUCCCAUCACAAUAACAUUGCAUUCGGCUUGCUGCUUGUCUCUGAAUUCAUCUUCGCAAUGUGUAUUCUUAACAACACAGUUCCGCACACUACGCCUACUUAUGUUGUGGAUAGUGUUUUCUAUAAGCCAUGGUAAUGGAAUUGCUUUGUUGAACAACCAAGUUGUACGGACGAGUUUCCGUGGCUGAAAUGUAUGUUCGAAAGUAUGGUGACAUUUUAAGAAUUAAAAACUAAUGUAACUAUCUCCUCCGUCCGUCCGUGCGACGACGCGUGUUUCGAGGUAGGGUAACUGUAAA